AUGCUAGUGCUGGCCUCGACUGGAGUUUUUGUCAAGCUUCUAAUGCUGGGCCAUCCUCGAAAUCUUGGCAUUGAUGGUGUCCUUUGCGUUAUAAGUUGGAUUUUUGCCUUCGUGUUAUGCUUUACUUCUAUGUGGAUGACUAGAUAUGGAUAUGGCAAACACAUCGAAGCAGUUGAAGCAGACAUACCUGCAAUGUCUAUGUUUUUGAAGCUUAUUGUCGUGACUGCUAUUUCCUAUCUCAUUGCGAUGACUGCAAUCCAGGUUUCAUUCUGCUUACUAUAUAAACGAUUGUUUGCAGUAACCCAUGUCGGCUGGGCUUACUGGCUUCUUAUAACCAUUGUGGUAUUGCAGUUUAUUGAAGAACUGCUCGUAUUUAUUUUUCAAUGCUCGCCAAUUCGGAAGCUUGUGGACGCCACUGGUUUAGUACAAGGGAGGUGUUUGGAUCUUUACGUCUUCUACAUUAUUCAUUUCGCCACGAGGCUAGCAACAAAUAUUGCUAUCUUUACGCUGCCAAUUCCAAAAUUACUGAAACUUCAGAUGAAGCGUGGAGCAAAGGUGGGCGUUGUCUUAUUUUUUGGACUUGGGUUAUUGGUUUGUGCUACCAGCAUCAUCCGAGCCACUUACUUGAAGCGCUUCCAAGUUGACUACACGUGGGAUCUUGUAAAUGCAUUAAAUUGGUCAGCUGUAGAGGUCUGCACUGCCGUUUUCAUAGCCUGUAUUCCUUCAUUCAAGGCUCUGAUUACCGUGUUUUUCCCUUUACUGCGAAAGUACAUGGGAUUCUCAAGUGGCAGCACGCCUCAUCAACAUAUCAAUGAGGAGAACUCUGGCGACUCUCCUACUGAUUAUUUCAAUUUACCUGCUACCCAGAGAGUCCAAUCCACGCCUGACUGUUUUCCAUUACCCUCCCCGGUCGUGGAAUAUCACGAACCCCCAAAUUUGAUUAUGUCCGGUGCGAUACCCACUGUCCCUGAAGGUCGUGCCUUACGCCAGGAUCCGCGCUUAGAUUACAGUAUCGGUGGCAAAGCACAAAAUAUAAGUUAA